AUGAACUCGCCCCCAGUGUCGCCUCUCGCCGCCGCCCUGUCGACCAACUCGCACCUCCGCACUCAACUCGCCCAGGCCCACACUCGCCUCGAACAGCGCGAACGCCUGCGCCAACUCGAAGACGAGCGCACGCCCGACCACUCGCCCGACGCCAUUCGCUCAAGGGAGCGCGACCUCGAGACCCGCCUCGCGUCGCUCCAAGGUCAACUCGCGCGAGAACGAGCGCAAGACGCCCUCCAGGACGGCGUCCAACGAGCUCUUGACCAGUCGCACCUCGUCUCGACCCACCUCUCGUCCCUCUCGCCGUCGGUUCUCGCGUCGCCCGACCAGCUCGCCCUGACCACCCUCUUGCGCCGCCGCGACGCCCUCUCGCUCUCGCUCCUCGCCCUCACCGACAAGCUCUCGAGCCUCUCGUCCGAGCGUGCCCUCUUGCGCCGCGACCUCCUUCGCCUCAACCGCCGCAACGCCCAGCUCGUCGCCGACCUGCGCGCCAAGCACACGCUGUCGGACCCGGCGCAGCAGCGCGCCGCGCGUCAAGCGCUUCCCGCACCGACGGCCGAGUACCUCACACGCCUCGAGACCGAGCUCCCGAUCCUCCACACCCGCCUCGCAACCCUCCAGUCCCUCGUCUCACGCCUCAUACCCGAAUGCGGCCUCCCCGCACCCUCCUCCUCUUCCUCGAGCCCCGCCGCCAUCGCCCACAGCGCCCUCAGCAUCCCCGACCGCGUCGCCCGAAUCGAAGCCGACCUGCUCGCCGGCCCUCCCGCAACCACCUCGUCCUCUCGAGUCGACGAGCGGCGGCCCUGGAGCGCGCAGAGGACGUGGGACGUGCUCCUCCUCGCGGGCGACGACGCGGGGCUCGAGCGCCAGGACGGCGGUGACGGUGCGCCCGACCCGCGGUGGGAGCGCGAGCAGGCCCUGCCUGCGCUCAUCGUCGAGCGCGCAGAGGCGUGGGAGAGGGAGCGUGCGGUGGCCAAGGAGGCGGGGCGGUCGACGCCGGCGAGGGCGGACGGCUUCGGUCUCGGGGGAGAGACGCCGCGCAAGAGGGACGACGCGGGCAAAGGGCGAGCGGCAGGGGACGAGAGUGCGGCAGUACGGAGCUCGGCGAGCAAGGGGCGUAGCAGGACGGUCGGGUAGCGCUGCUCGAGCACGGGUUCGAGUUUGAGAAGGCACGAUGCG